AUGUCCGCCUUCGCAGAUGGGACGGCAGGCCAACGCGCACGUGGUGGCGGAAAGCGCAACGGCGGCAGGGCUGCCGCGGCCAAGGGCGGUCCCUCGGGCAGGCAGUCGCAGGAUGCGGAUGGAGGCGAUGAGGGGGAUCAUGCCGAGCCGGAAGCUCGUGGUGGCGGAAAGCGCAACGGCGGCAGGGCUGCCGCGGCCAAGGGCGGUCCCUCGGGCUUGGCUGCCGCGGCUAAGGCCGAUCCCUCGGGCAGGCCGGCGCAGGAUGCGGAUGGAGGCGACGAGGGGGAUCAUGCCGAGCCGGAAGCUCGUGGUGGUGGAAAGCGCACCGGCGGCAGGGCUGCCGCGACCAAGGGCGGUCCCUCGGGCUCGCAGGAUGCGGAUGGUGGCGACGAGAAGGAUCAUGCCGAGCCGGAAGCUCGUGGUGGCGGCAUGCGCAACGGCGGCAGGGCUGCCGCGGCUAAGGGCGGUCCCUCGGGCAGGCAGUCGCAGGAUGCGGAUGGUGGCGACGAGGGGGAUCAUGCCAAGCCGGAAGCUCGUGGUGGCGGCAUGCGCAACGGCGGUAGGGCUGCCGCGGCCAAGGGCGGUCCCUCGGGCUCGCAGGAUGCGGAUGGUGGCGACGAGAAGGAUCAUGCCGUGCCUGCAUGCCGUGGCGUUAACGAUCAUGAUGAGGACGAGCCAGCAGCAGUGACUGAUGGGAAAGGUGGACGUGAAGCUGUGAUUCCGUACCAACGGCGCAAGGCUGUGGAUCCGGGCAGUUGCGACCAUAAGGCGAGACAAGCUCGGCACGGCCCCAAUGUGCACAAUUCGAGCUCGUCUGGUUCCGAGGAAGAUUCGAGCGACAGUGAGUCGGGCAGCUCAUCCGGGAGUGAGGAGGUAUACGAGGACGAGGAUGAGGAGGAGGAGGACGAGGAUGAUGAGGAGUUGGAGCCGGAGAGCGAGGAUGGGGAGGAGGCUCGGCCUUUGAAGAGGAGGACUGUGCGGAAGCUCAAGAAGGGCAACGCUAAGCAAAAAUCGGAGAGGGGACGGGUGAAGAGCUGUAAACAGAGUGUGCGUCGUGCCAAACCACAUGGCAAGCGCCAGAGACCUCGAAUCAAAGCUAAAAUUGUGGGUGUGCGUAGCAAGGCAAAGCGGGAGUUGAAUUUUUACGAGUCCAUGGGGAUACGAUGUCCAUCAAGCUCUCAUGAUCGGCAAGCCGCGGACCCGUACGCUGCGUUAUGCGAUCCGAUGGGUUCGGCUGGGAAGGGAGAUCCGAUGGCUUGGGGGUCAGCGCGGUUUGGCAGGGAAGCGACGGACCCGCCCCCCAACCAUAUGGGGGGUCGCGCGGUUCAUGUGAAAACCGAGGGGGCAACGAAGCGGCACGAACCCUCGGCAGGUGCAGCAGCGAAUGACGGUGUGGGAGGAGGUGUGUGGGCGAAUGCCUUGGGUGAAUGUGGCGGCGGUGUGGAAGGCUCCAUGUGGGAUGUACGGGAGAGCAGGGGAGAAGGGGGGGACGAGAAAAUGGAUCCGGCGACUAAGGAGGGGAGGGGAGAGAGCAUGGGCACACCUGGCGCAUCCAGUCGGCCGGAUGUGGCUGGCGGCAGGACUGUGGAGAAGCUCAUGCGAGAGCUUGCCCAGCGGGAUCGCGAAAUCGUUGCACUCAAGGCAAGGCCAGGAUCAAAAGGACCUGUCAAGCCCUGCACCCCUCCAUCUAGGCCUCCUCCUCUAGCGUCUCUGUCGAGCGGCCCAUCUGUAGGGGGGCUCGAUCCAGGCGUGGCGCCAGAAAGCCCAGCGACGGUAGACGUACCGGUCCGUCGAACGCGUGGGAUGCCCACACCCAAGCUGCUGAAGUGCUGGUGGUGGUGUGGGUGUCAUGCGGCGCAAGGAAUAGAAGAAGCCGUAUCCGUCAACCCCAUGCGGCCCCCUUUCUGUCCGCCGCUCCUCCCUCCCCUCUCUAUCCCGUCCCUCUCCCUCCUCGUCCAGAGUCACUGUAAAAGAGCUCCUGUUCAUGGUGCUGGUGGUGGGGUGGGUGUCAUGCGGCAGAGUGAUCAGCCCAUGUUCAUGGUGCUGGGGGUGGUGUGGGUGUCAUGCGGCGGAGGGAUAGCUAAGCAUAGCAGUCAUCCUUCAUCUCACUCCCCUCUCUCUCCCAUCCCUCCCCUCCCUCUGCGAGAGCCCCUGUUCAUGGUGCUGGGGGUGGUGUGGGUGUCAUGCGGCGCAAGGAAUAGAGGAAGCCAGCUCCUGUUCAUGGUGCUGGUGGUGGGGUGGGUGUCAUGCGGCGGAGUGAUAGCUCACCAUAGCAGCUAUCCUUCCUCUCCCUGCAUCCUCUCUCCCAUCCCUCCCCCACCUCUUCCAGAGCCCAUGUUCAUGGUGCUGUUGUUGCUCUCCCCUUCCCUCCCGCCAUCCCGUUCUCUCCCUCCCUCCAUUUCUCUUCAGCCCUCCCCUUCUAUCCCGCCCUCCAUGUCUCUCCUGCCCUCCCCUUCUCUCCUGCCCUCCCCCUCUCCCCUGCCCUCCCCUUCUCUCCUGCCCUCCCCUUCUCUCCCGCCCUUCCCUGCUCUACUGCCCUCCAGCCAACCCUCCAUUCAUUCUAUACCGCCCUCCACUUCGUCCAUACCAUUUGGACAACCCCUAACCAUGUCGUGCAUGAUCUUCGUCCCCGCCUUGUCCUGCGUGCGCGCAGGAGGGAAUCAGCGGGGCUUGGCAAAGGUUAAGAAGACCGACUGGAACGUCUCGAACUCCCACCGGAAGAACACCGAGUGGAUGACGGGUUUGCACCGAAAUGUGCGGUGGAUUAUCAAGGACCACUUCACACGCCACACCCCCGUGUACAACACAGUCGUGCAGGGCUUCAAGUGGGGCGACCGUGGCCUGUAUGUUCACGAGUCAGGAUUUGAGGCGUUCAAGGGGACGGCCGCGCCUGACGAGGAGAAGAAGGACUUGAAGGAGGAAGAGCAGGAGGUGUACGACGCGGAGGACUUGAAGACGGAUGACGAGGAGGAUGACGAGGAUCAGGAGGAGGACGAGGAGGAGGAGGAGGAGGAGGAGGAGGAGGAGGGAGGCAAGAGGGAUGAGCAAGAGGAUGGGGAGGAGGAAGAGGAGGAGGAUGUGAAACGGGGGGGGCGGGAGAUUAGGAAGGGCAGAAGGCAGAAGAGAGGGAAACUCAGGGGAGGCAGGGGGGAAGAGGAAGAGGGUGGGGAGGAGGAGGAGGGGGAGCAGGAGGAUGAAAAUCAUUGGGGGCAGGAGAGGAGGAAGGGCAGAAAGCACAAAAGAGGCAGAGGCAAGGGAAGCAGGAGGGAAGAGGAAGAGGAGGAAGAAGUGGAAGAGGAGGAAGAGGAUGAGCAUGAGGAUGAGAAGGGGGGGGGCCAGGAGCGAAGGAGGGGCAAAAGACACAAGAUGUCCUGUCGUGUCUCGGUUUUGGACCCCCCUGACCUCCAACCCUUCUCAUUUCUAUCCAUGCUGCCAUGCCCAUCCAUGUCUGCUGCCAUGCACUGCACACCCAUGUCUGUUGCCAUUUACUGCACACCCAUGUCUGCUGCCAUGGGUAGGAAGUAUGCCAAGUCCGUUAUGGGGAAAUUGGGCAAGGCUGUUGGGACUAUCAUGGCAAGAAUAGCCGGAACACAUGAGUUGGGUGAGGCGAUGGAGAUGAGAAUGAGGGCGCUUGGCGUGCAGCUGGAAGAGACAAGGAGGGAGCUGGCAGCAGCGAAGGGGGAGUUUGUUGCAGUGAAAGAUGAGACGGAGGUGGGUUUGAGGGCGCUUGGCGUGCAGCUGGAAGAGACGAGGAGGGAGUUGGAGGAGGCUGAUGAGAGACGAGCUGCGGACUUGAGGGGGCUGAGAGAACCGGUGGAGGAGACUAGGAGGCAGGUGACAGCAGUCAAGGGAGAGUUGGCUGAACACAAGGGCUUAAUCACGGGGCAAGCAGAGGAGGUGACAGCAAUGAAGGGGGAGUUGGCUGAACACAAGGAUUCAAUGCAGGGGCAUGCGGAGGACUUGGGGCUAGUCAAGGAGGAAUUGGCAGCAGGCAAGAUGGUGUUGGCUGCACACAAUAACUCGUUGAAAGGAGAGGUUGUUGAGCAGACCAAUCACAUGCUCAAUGUCGAAGUUGCCUUUGAGGAAGCGUUGGUCUCCCUUGUACGAGGCGACCGGGGAAGCACACGAGCGUUGGAGGUAAGUGCUGAAUGUGGACUGUGGUUUCUUUUUGUGCUGUAG